AUGACAGCAUUGUUCGAGGAGCGACUCAUCAGCUGGGUGGCAUCCGCCUGCGCAUUGAUCGCGACCGUCGCGUGCGGCGUCGUCAUGCCGCUACUCCUCCGGGAAAUGCAUGGCAUUCAUGAUACGGUACUUGAAGCAGUGCAGGAUUUCCGAAUGGAUACCGAUUCAGCAUGGUCAAAAAUGAUGCGUUACCAGUUCUCACUGACUUCUCUGGCAGCAUCGUCGUCGGCUUCUGAAGACGCCUCAUCCAUUUUCCGACCAAAACGUCAGUCAUACAGUGGACUUCCCAGCUGGUGCAUGUGUGAACCGCUCGAAAAUAUCUGUCCACCUGGUCCGAAGGGACCUCCUGGACUCAAAGGACCACCUGGACCCCCUGGACUUCCUGGUAAGCCAGGAGAGAGUGGACGACCAGGAGUCGGUCCUAUGGGCUGUCCACCAUCAAUUCGACCACCAAUAAGUUUCGCGGAAGCCGUGUCGCUGGGCUAUCAAUUGCCUCCUCCUGCUAUAGGUCUGAAGCAGUGUAUCAGAUGUCGUGCUGGACCACCGGGUUUGCCUGGGCCAAGUGGACCGCAAGGUCCUCCUGGGCCACCAGGCCUUACAGGACCAUCUGGACAACCUGGAAAAGAAGGCGCCAUGGGUCCUAUGGGCCCACCAGGUGAGAAAGGAUACCCGGGCGAACCAGGACUUCCUGGUGAAUCAGGAACCAGAGGCCGCCCCGGCAUGCGGAGUGCCAAGAAUCCUGGACCAGCCGGGCCAAGGGGUCCACCUGGUAAGCCAGGUAAAGUCGGUCCUCCAGGAAAGACUGGAAACAUUGGCAAGCCUGGAAAAAGUGGUCCUGUGGGAGAAAUUGGACUCCCCGGAAUGCCAGGUGCUAGAGGAAAACCCGGAAAUCCAGGUAAUCCUGGAGCUCCUGGACGGGACGGUCUUUAUUGCAAAUGUGCACCACGUACACUUCCACUUUUUGCCAUGUAUCCUUGA